GAGCGGGUUGCUGGGGGAGGGGGGUGACGAGCCCCGGCUCAGCACCUCGGAGAGCUCCCUCCCCGGCCUUGUUUUGCUCCGGAAUCGCUGCCGGGGGAGGGAGCGAAGGGGCCGGGCACCAGGCGUCGAGGCCGAGGGAUGGCAUUGAAGAGGGCGAAGGGCCCCAGGGGGCAGAGGGCCCAGCCGUGAUCCUGCGAGAGGGGCCAGGCUCCGGGUGGGGUGGGGGGCAGCGGGCGGCGGCAGCAGUGGUCGCACAUCUGAAUGGAAGCGAGCUUUGUCCAGACCACCAUGGCUCUGGGGCUGCCCUCCAAGAAAGCAUCUUCCCGCAACGUGAUCGUGGAGCGCAGGAACCUGAUCACCGUGUGCAGGUUCUCUGUAAAAACCUUGCUGGAGAAGUACACAGCAGAGCCCAUUGAUGACUCAUCCGAGGAGUUUGUUAAUUUCGCAGCCAUUUUGGAGCAGAUCCUCAGUCACCGUUUUAAAGCUUGUGCCCCAGCAGGUCCAGUGAGCUGGUUCAGCUCGGAUGGGCAACGGGGCUUCUGGGACUAUAUCCGACUGGCCUGCAGCAAAGUGCCCAACAACUGUGUGAGCAGCAUUGAGAACAUGGAGAACAUCAGCACAGCCCGAGCCAAGGGCCGGGCAUGGAUCCGGGUGGCCCUGAUGGAGAAGCGCAUGUCAGAAUACAUCACCACAGCUCUUCGGGACAACCGAACUACCAGACGGUUCUAUGACUCAGGAGCCAUCAUGCUGCGGGAGGAAGCCACUGUCCUCACAGGGAUGCUGAUUGGGCUCAGCGCCAUCGACUUCAGCUUCUGUCUAAAGGGCGAAGUUCUGGACGGGAAGACGCCGGUGGUCAUCGAUUACACGCCCUACCUAAAAUUCACCCAGAGCUACGACUACCUGACGGAUGAGGAGGAGCGGCACAGUGCGGAGAGCAGCACCAGCGAGGACAACUCGCCUGAGCACCCCUACCUGCCUCUCGUCACCGACGAGGACAGUUGGUACAGCAAGUGGCACAAGAUGGAACAGAAAUUUCGCAUUGUCUAUGCGCAGAAGGGAUACCUGGAGGAGCUGGUGCGCCUGCGUGAGUCGCAGCUGAAGGAUCUGGAGGCAGAGAACCGGCGGCUGCAGCUGCAGCUGGAGGAGGCUGCAGCGCAGAAUCAGCGUGAGAAGCGGGAACUGGAAGGCGUGAUCCUGGAGCUGCAGGAGCAGCUGCCUGAUCCCCCUCCCCCUCCCAGGACAGGUCUGAUCCCCGGUGACCAUGCCCCCCUGGCCCAGGGUCCCAAGGAGUUCACUACACCCCUGGUCAACCAAUGGCCCUCCCUGAGCACACUCAAUAGGCCCGAGGGUGCCAGCAACUCCAAGCUAUAUCGGAGACACAGCUUCAUGAGCACCGAGCCGCUGUCUGCAGAAGCCAGCCUGAGCUCAGACUCCCAGCGCCUGGGAGAGGGCAAGCGGGACGAGGAACCCUGGGGCCCCAUCGGAAGCUCAGAACCAAAUUAGUGGCUCCCUCCAAGUGAAUGCCCAGGACUUCAAGGCAUGCAUUUUGUGUUGACCUCACCCCUGGCUCCAACUUGGUUUCUCCCUUCCUAGUUUUCCCCAUGCCUGGACUUCCUGCCGUUUCCUUUUCUUCCUUCCUUCCUUCCUUUUUCUUCCUUUUUUAAUAUAUAGAUAUAUAACUCCACUGUAUCAGAUAACUGGAUUUUGAGACAGCAGAAUAUGGACAUGUAACCCACCACACUGUGUUUGUGACUGUGUGUGUGUGUGUGUCUCCCCAAUCAGACUGUGAGCUCCACGAGGGCAGGAACCAUGUCUUGUCCGUUCUCUGUAUUCCCAGUGUGAGAAACAGAGCAAAUGCUCACUGUGUGCUUAAUAAAUGGACAAAGAGGCUGAACCUCA